AUAUAUAAAAUGCAGUUUUAAUAAUGUGAUUUACAGUAUUGAUCACUUUAUUGUUUCCUGAACUACAUCAUUAUACGGUCAAAUUAUAUCGAACUAUUUAAAUGCGUACUGUAUUUUUUUCAUACUGAUGAUGUUAGAUGACAGAUCGACAGACUUGCCGACCAAUUGACAGUUAGACUAUAAUUAAUGUAAAGUAAUCUUCUAUUACAAAUCUCGCACUGAAAGCCCUAUUCACGCAACAGAGUCUCUGCGCAUGCGUGAUUUCCUAUAGCAAAGUCGCUGGGCUUGCUGCUGUACAGUCUACCGGAAUCAAUACACCGUUGAAAGCAAAGUAUGAGUUUCACGAUUGAGGAACGAGGAAACCCUAACACUUUGAGCUAUAGGAUAUAUUUCAAGAACUCUGAUGGAAAGUACAUUUCACCAUUCCAUGACAUACCUAUGUAUGCAGAUGAAGCUCAGAAUAUUUUCCACAUGGUUGUUGAAGUCCCAAGAUGGACAAAUGCAAAAAUGGAGAUCGCUACAAAAGACCCUCUAAACCCAAUUAAGCAAGAUGUGAAGAAGGGCAAUUUGCGCUAUGUAGCCAAUGUUUUCCCACAUAAAGGCUAUAUCUGGAAUUAUGGAGCAAUCCCACAAACAUGGGAAGACCCUGGGCACACGGACAAAGACACGGGGUGUUGUGGCGACAAUGACCCUAUUGAUGUCUGUGAAAUUGGUAGCAAGAUACUCUCUCGUGGAGAUAUUGUCCGAGUGAAAGUCCUGGGUGUUUUGGCAAUGAUUGAUGAAGGUGAAACUGAUUGGAAAGUCAUUGGAAUCAAUGUUGAUGACCCUGAGGCAAAAGACUUUAACAACAUCAGUGAUGUGAGGAGACUCAAGCCAGGCUACCUUGAGGCCACAGUUGAUUGGUUUAGGAGGUACAAAGUACCUGAUGGGAAACCUGAAAACAAGUUUGCAUUCAAUGAAGAGUUUAAAGACAGGGACUUUGCAAUUGAGACAAUUAAAGCCACCCAUGGCUUUUGGAAAGCACUUAUUUCACAACAAACCAAUGCUGGAGAGCUAAACUGCAAGAACACGUGUUUCUCAGGGAGUGACAGUCCUUUCUGCUGUUCACCAGAUGAAGCCAAAGCAGUUGUUAAUGCAUCAUGCCCGUGUGGAGAUGCCAGUCCAAUUCCAUGCUCGGUUGACAAAUGGUUCUACAAGGUGAAGAAUUGAAGAUAACACUGUGGAUGGACCAGUCUGAUCACAUGUUUAGAAUAUGUAUGUCAGUAUCUGAAUAGGACCGUGUGUGUUUUAGAAAAGCAUAGUUACACCUUGUAUGGGGAUUGAAUCUCACAAUAACAGUGCUAACCAAUGUCUUGUUAAGUUAAGUAAAUUUUUCUAUUUGAAAAAAGCUAGAUAUCACUGUUUAACCAAUACUAAAGUAAACUCAGGUACUGUAAAAUUCUGAACGUUUGCUUUAAUAAAGUUAUUCUCAAUGACA